CCGAACAUUGCAGUUUCAGUCUCCGUCAGCACGGUGAGUUAAAUCGAUUGAACUCCUGUUCUAGACAACCAACAUCACCAAACGUCAAAAUGAAGCACCUCGCAGCAUACCUUCUCCUCGGCCUCGGUGGUAACACCUCGCCUUCCGCCAGCGACGUCAAGGAGGUCCUCGAGUCUGUCGGCAUUGAGGCCGACAGCGAGCGUCUCGACAAGCUCAUCAGCGAGCUCGAGGGCAAGGACAUCAACGAGCUCAUCGCUGAGGGUUCUUCCAAGCUCGCCUCCGUCCCAUCCGGUGGCUCUGGAGGUGGUGCCGCCGCUGCCGGUGGCGCCGCUGCCGCAGCUGGUGGUGACGCUGCCCCUGCUGAGGAGGCCAAGGAGGAGGAGAAGGAGGAGUCCGACGACGACAUGGGCUUCGGUCUCUUCGACUAAGCGCAUCGCUUGUCAAGUCUUGUACACGAAGUAUGAUCCGGACAAUCUCUCAACAAUCACGAGAAUCAUGCGAAACGAACAGGAGGAUUGGGGAGGUGUCGAGCGCGCGACCAGCGGGGGAUGGAGAAAGAUGUUGCGGCAGUAUUCUAAUAUCUGCUUGCUGAGAUACCCGAAAUGAAGCCAUGCACCCUCCAUU